AUGUACGCAGCGUAUCAAAGAGCACGAAACAGAGCAAUCAACACUGCUGCACCACGCAGAGCGUCGCAGAGAUUCUCAGCCUCUUGCUCAGGCCCAUUAAGCGUCAAGGGCAUGAAGACCAAGGAAGUAUUGUUUCGUUUCAAGAUGACUGAGGAGCAAAAUAAAGCACGAUCAAGCAUCUUCCCUGAUCAGAGGCACCUGAAUCUGCUUACGUUUGAAGACGUUCCUCUAAUCACUUUUAAAUCAUCAAAGUCUCUCAUUUUCUCUUCCUGUCACCCAACAGUCGCCCCGGUGUGCCAGGAGGACCAGCGUCAGGAGUACGUGGCCCCGAGUGGAGGCUCCGUCACUCUCGCCUGCACCGUCGUGGCCUACCCGGCCUCCGUCACCUUCUCCUGGGCCAUCAAGAGGACUCCAGAGACUCCGCCUGUGAGACUACACAGCAUGGGACGGAAGGAGGGAUUGACUGGGCACUACACGCUGACCCGUGUGGAGGAGGAGAGUUUUGAGGUGUGGUGCUGGGCGCAGAACACCGUCGGUGCUCAGACCGCCCCCUGCAAGUUUACCGUCUACACCCAGGGUCGCCCCGGCCCGGUACACAGCUGUAGAGUGACCAACCACACAGCCCACGGCUUCUUGGUGCACUGUGUCUCCGGCCCACUGAGGAGUGUCAACACCCAGUACACACUGCUCGUCUACGCUCAGAAGCAGGAGAGUAGCCGGGGAGGGAGCGAGGAGAGCAGCAGCAGUAACACAAGCAGCAGCAUCAGCAGCAGCAGUAGCAGCAGAGGGACGCAGCAGAAGAAGGAAGGAGGUGGAGGGGCAGUUCACACGCUGGGCCAGUUGGUCCAGAACACCACCACCACCUCCCCAUUCUUCGUUGUGGGAGGUCUGCAGUCUGGCCAGGAGUUUGCCUUGGUGGUUCAAGUGUCCAAUGAGGAAGGGGUCAGCCCGCCUGUUGUACUCAGUGCCUUCACUCUUAAAGACAAUGCCCAGACUGUUAUAGGAUUACCGACAGGAGGAGGAGGAUGCACCAGGAACACAGGGAAUAGUAUGCCAACUGGGAACGGUGCUCGUCCCAUCAGUGGCGGCGGAGGUGCGGGCGGCGGUGGGGUCUCUCCUGGGGGUGGCGUGAGCGGCCCUGGGGCAGGCGUGGGCAGCGUGGACGCCGAGGAGGAUGAGGGCCCCGGUGGGAACACCAGGAUGUUGGAGCUGGUGCCUCCCAUAAUCAUAGUGUUGGUGGCCUCCCUGACCACCAUCCUGGUGAUGGCGCUCCUGGUGAUUCUCCUCCUGAAGAGACGGAGCAGGCUGCGACGCCUGGAGCAAGAGAUAAAGCAGGUCAAGCUGAACAAGAAGGUGCGUGUACACAGCAGAGGUGAGGACAGCCCCUCCUCCAGGGACACCCCAGGUUACACAAAUUCACCGUAA